GUACAUCCUCACACAUCUACAUCUCUGAUUUUGGAAUGAAUUGUUUAGGAUUCUAUCCUCCAAGCUUCUCGACAAGGAUUGUCAAUUCCAUUCAAAAAAAAAACAAGGAUUGUCAAUGAGAUAGGAAUGGACAACAAAUCCGAUGCGUGGAUGAAGAGAAAAAUGGGAGAAAGGAGAAACGAGAAAACGAAGAGGACAAAAGCAGAAUUGCCAUCCAUUAAACCCAAGGCCAAUCUUCAGGUCACUCGUCUCAAAGGAAACGAUCUCUUUACUGUGCAAAAUUACUUGACUUCUGCUGAAGCGAGAGCAUUCAUUGAAGCAGCAGAGUCGAUUGGGUUUGUUCACCAAGGGAGCCUUGGCCCAAGAAAUGGUGAAGCCUAUAGAGAUAAUGAUCGUAUCUCUAUGAAUGAUCCCAAUCUCGCUGAUGCAUUAUGGGAAUCGGGACUUAACAAGCUCUUUUCUGACAUUAAGAUUCGUGGCAAAGUUGCUGUGAGAUUAAACCCAAACAUUAGGUUUUACAGGUAUAAGAUGGGCCAACGUUUUGGACGGCAUAUUGAUGAAAGCGUUGAUCUUGGUGAAGGUCAAGUUACACACUAUACGUUGUUAGUAUAUCUAAGUGGGGGAGGUUUCAAUUCCAAAACUAAGGUUGAUAGGAAUGCUCUAGAUUCUCUGGCAUCGCCCCUUGUUGGAGGAGAAACUGUAUUUUAUGGUCCCAGAAAUUCUUUGGUGGCUGAGGUUCCUCCUUCUGAAGGAAUGGCUCUCUUUCACAUUCAUGGGGAGAAAUGUAUGCUGCAUGAAGCACGGAAUGUCACUAAGGGUGUGAAAUAUGUUCUGCGGUCGGAUGUUGUAUUUGCUUGAUCUUAUCGGGGAUUUGAUCAAGUUGAAACGAGCGAGCUUCUAUGUUUAUAUGGAAGUGGUUAUGAUGAAGGUUGGAUGGCUUUAUGAUUGAAGUAUGACUUCAUGAUGACUUUAUAAUGAUGAUAUUGUGGUUUCAGGAUGGCAGUACACGUCGUACUUAGUUAAUCAGUCUUAGAAGCCGACACCGUGCAACGGAAACAGUCACCAGAAGUUGCGAAUGCCACCGGAGAUUGACGAUGGCCGCUUGAGGCAGUUACAAGUUGAUUUAUUUUCAAUAUGAUAUAAUAGACACGGAGUAGUAUUUAAUUGUACUGAGCUCUAGUAAAGUUAUUUUGGUUUAUACAUACAUAUUUUCCUAGUAUUUUUGCAACUAAACGUUUACAACUUCCUCUGAAUGAGAUUUUAUUGCCAAUUAUUGUGUUUUUUGUU